AUGACAUCAGCAGUGACUGGACUUUGGCAGCUAGCUGUGGCAGUGAUGAUCUUGAUUCAUAUGUCCACAUCGCUUCCUUCACUGGAAAGACACCAGCGGCAAAUUGAACUCAAAUUGAUGCAUGAUGCAGGAAUGAGAAGAGAAUAUGAAAAAGCUGCCAAGUUACUUGAAACACUGAUGAAUUACAAGCGCAGCAUCCCGAGGUCAUCUGGAGCAGAGGAUGACUCUGACUUUUUUGAUAAAGAUGCCAGAGAUUCAUGGAGUUCAGAAGACAAACUUCUUAAGCUGAAGACCUGCUUGCAAUAUGUACAGAAUCUUGAUGCAAGGCCGUUUUGUUUUUGUGUGCUUUUCUUCUUGCUAUCAGUAACACAGGUUGAGACACAGAGCCCAGAAUGUUCAGUAGAUAAAACUUCGGUGAUCAUAAUGGAGAAUAAUGAUCCAGGGUUGGUGGUGACUAACAUUUAUGCUAAUCCUGGCAUUACAGUCACAAUUGAACCUUCUACAGAUGCAAAUUCUCCCUCUGAAUGGUUUGAAAUAAAGGACUCACAGCUCAUCCUGAAAAUAUCUGUGGAUUAUGAGAAGGUAACGGUCCUUUCGCUGAACUUGAUAUGCUGGGAAGCAGAUUUGCAAGUAAAAGUUAUCACUGUUUACAUUCACAUUAGCAAUGAAAACGAUAAUGAACCUGUGUUCAAGCAAACUAACAUCACCGUUGAUAUUCCUGAGGAUACAAAAGUGAACACAACUGUCGUACCUCUGGCAAACGUAACUGCUACUGAUGCUGAUCUUAAUACAGUGUUCUACAGCCUUGAAGGAAGUCCAACAGAAGCAAUGAAACAUUUCAAUAUACGAGGAAUUAACAACCCACAAAUUUACUUGCGUGAAGCCCUGGAUUAUGAAGCAAUUAAUUUUAUGAGAUUUACUUUAAGGGCCAUGGAUGGAAGUGCUGAUGCGGCAGGGACACACACAGCCACAGCUACGAUAUCCAUAUGGAUUGUCCAGUCUGAUCUCAAACCCCCCUGGUUUCAGCCAUGUACUGCCAUUGGAGGCCACAAAAUGUGCAUCAGUCUUGGCUACACCAGCAAAGUCAAUCUUUCAGAAGAAGUGAAGGGGCCACUGAUCUUGGAGCCAGGACCCCUCUACGCUGUUGAUGGGGAUAAAAGCUUGAAUGAAAAAGUAAUAUAUGAAAUUGUUGCUGGAAAUGAUAAUGACACAUUCAGACUAUACAGAGAUUCUGGAAACAUAACGAUGACCCAGCCUGCAAAUUCCCUGAAGACAUUCAUGUUAUAUAUUGUGGCUUCCCAGGAAAACAAUCCAUUCAGAUACUCUCAGACGACGGUGAAAAUUGAUGUUGUAUGGAAAAAUGACAACCAGCCCUAUUUUGAGGAAGCCAUGUAUGUGGGACGAGUGUCUGAGGCCCAGCCUGCAAAGACAUUGAUCAUGAAAGACAACACAUCGUCAGAACCCCUGCAGAUCUUUGCAGCAGAUGACGACUUCUUGCCAGAUAAGAUCAAUCCAGAUAUCAAAUACAGAAUACAAAACAGUUCAGAUUUCAGAGUUACUGCAGAAGGAUUUAUCCAAACCACCGAGAUUCUGAAUGUAUCAUCUCAUAUUACCCUUCUGGCCAUUGCUACCGACACCAGUACCUUGGAAGAAGCAAGCACGCUGAUCUCAAUAGAUGUCACACCUUUGGCGACUCCAACUGUUCCACCUGUAACUACCACUGCCUUCACUGAAACCUCUCCUACCAGCCUAGGGGAAGGGAACACUAGUCCCAAGCCACCCACUUUGCCACCUGGAAUAAGUAGUCCUAAACCUUCUGGAUCCACAAAGACCAUGUCACCUUUUUCAAGUACAACUGGGAAGGAUAACCUUACAGAGAUUACAAGAAACCCUGGGACUGCUUCUGUAUCUGGCUCAGUUAUUCCACCUUUUGUAACUACACUAAAACCUCCUGUCAUCCCAGGCAAUUCUACACAGUUUCUGACCACUAGUUCUCCUCUAACAGAGAGAAGCCAACGGACAGUGGAAUCCAUCACGAUCUCCAGCCCCAUCACCACUCGAGCAACUCCUCAGACUGGAACCUCUAAGCCAACCCCACCAGGUAAUUUUAUAACAAGUGGUGGGAGUGUCCAGUCAUCAACUUCUUCCAAAAUUCCUCAGACCGUAACCUCCAAGCCAACCCCACCAGGUAAUUUUAUAACAAGUGGUGGGAGUGUCCAGUCAUCAACUUCUUCCAAAAUUGAAACCAUGAAGACUCCCAUUACAAGCUCAGUACCAGAUGGUGGUAGACAGUCUACUACUCCUUUACCUGGAAUCAUUAAGCCUUCCACAACAGUUAUUUCUACGACAAAAAAUAACUAUGUUUCUUCUGCUUCAUUAUCUUCCACAAUUGCAACAAGCCCACUUUCUGUAGCAAAUACUUCUGCAACAAGCCUGACAUCUAAGUCUAGUAGAUCAACUUCUAGUACUUCAACUUCAACUUCUAUGUUUUCUACAAUGCCUAUUAUUGAAGAUACAAUAAAUCCAUCAGCAAAUGAAUCUCAUACCACAGUAGGACCUUCCACGCCUAAUUCAGAAGGACUCUAUAGUGUAGAAGACAUGGCUGCUCUGGGAGCCACCCUGGGGACCUUAUUGGCGAUUGCACUAGCUUUGCUUGCAUUGAUCUCCUGCAAGUAUUACAAAUUUAAAAAAGAACUUGAAAAAGAGAAUUCACAGCUUACAAAAAGCUUUUCUAAUGACAACUUCCAGGAUGACGAGAACUCUAACUCAGAUGGAACCGACAAUGAAUCACCUGCAAGCCUUAUGGCCAAGAGUUAUGCAGAGAAGGAACCAGAAAACAAGAAAACACAGUCAACUCAUAAAGCAAUCCAGGAAGAAAUUGAUAUAAACAGUGAAAAGGAAGUGAGAUCCAUCCUCACAAAGGACAGGAAAACGGAAGAUGACGGCUACAAGGCAGUGUGGUUUAAAGAAGAUGUUACAGAAGCUGAGAAUGAUGAUGUGAUGAUUGAAGAGGACAGUGACCUAGAGCCGAACAUGUUUGGGAGUGAGAGUGACACUUCUGCUGAGAACGAUGACGACCCUGUUGAUACCGAUAGUGGCAGAGGGAACAGCGACGUAAAUAUUAGAGCGAGAAGUGCGCAGGUCUUUGAUGGGAAUCCUUCUGCCAGCCAAUCUCUUGAAGAAGCAGAAGAACAAGACGACGCUUUGUAAACGAAAGUGGCUUUUCAAAGAUAUUGUAAGAGGAUCGGAUUUGGAGAAGGAUUUGCCAGGGAAGUAGGGUUAUAUGCCCAUUUGCUUAACCGAAGGAUUAUCACAGGAUCCAAUCUGGAGCAACCACUGGGACCAGAGGUUUAGUCCAAAAGCUCAGAAACCUGAACCUCUGGUCCCACUGACUGACCCAGUUUGCAUCCUGCAACAUUAUCCUGGAACACAUACAUUUGCCUUCUUUCAGAGCUUUAUUGUAAAGCAAAAGUAACUUAGUAUUACUUAUGAGUUUGUACCUGAUGUUUAUUUGCAUUAGAACAGCCACUGGGGCACACAUAGUCUCCCAGAUUGGCCUGGAUUCCAUCUUCAGUCAGCAACAGGAAGCAUGGCCAAUGGGAUCCAGUCUCAGAAAA